GCCCGCCCGCAGUCGCCGCCGCCGUCCGGAGAGAGAGUGCCGUGAGCGCAGAGCCGGCGCCCGCCAUGAGGGAGAUCGUGCACAUCCAGGCGGGCCAGUGCGGGAACCAGAUUGGCACCAAGUUCUGGGAAGUGAUUAGCGAUGAACACGGUAUCGAUCCGGCCGGAGGCUACGUGGGUGACUCGGCGCUGCAACUGGAGAGAAUCAACGUCUACUACAAUGAGUCAUCGUCUCAGAAAUAUGUGCCAAGGGCUGCCUUGGUGGACUUGGAGCCCGGCACCAUGGACAGUGUGCGGUCCGGCCCUUUCGGGCAGCUCUUCCGGCCUGACAACUUCAUCUUCGGACAAACGGGCGCAGGAAACAACUGGGCGAAGGGGCACUACACGGAAGGAGCCGAGCUGGUGGACUCGGUGCUGGACGUGGUGAGGAAGGAGUGUGAGCACUGUGACUGCCUGCAGGGCUUCCAGCUCACCCACUCCUUGGGGGGAGGAACAGGGUCGGGCAUGGGCACUCUGCUCAUCAGCAAAAUCCGAGAGGAGUAUCCCGACAGGAUCAUGAACACCUUCAGUGUCAUGCCCUCCCCCAAGGUGUCCGACACUGUGGUGGAACCCUACAACGCCACCCUGUCAGUCCACCAGCUGGUGGAGAACACAGAUGAAACCUACUGCAUCGACAAUGAGGCCUUGUACGACAUCUGCUUCCGCACCCUGAAGCUCACCACGCCAACCUAUGGGGACCUAAACCACCUGGUGUCCGCCACCAUGAGCGGGGUCACCACCUCUCUGCGCUUCCCGGGCCAGCUCAACGCCGACCUCCGCAAGCUCGCAGUGAACAUGGUCCCUUUCCCACGCCUGCACUUCUUCAUGCCCGGCUUUGCUCCCCUGACAGCCAGAGGCAGUCAGCAGUACCGGGCCCUCACGGUGCCGGAACUGACUCAGCAAAUGUUCGAUGCUAAGAACAUGAUGGCAGCCUGUGAUCCCAGACAUGGGCGCUACCUGACCGUGGCCACUGUCUUCCGGGGCCCCAUGUCUAUGAAGGAGGUGGAUGAGCAGAUGCUGGCCAUCCAGAACAAGAACAGCAGCUACUUCGUGGAGUGGAUCCCCAACAACGUCAAGGUGGCUGUGUGCGACAUCCCUCCUCGGGGUCUCAAGAUGGCCUCCACCUUCAUUGGCAACAGCACGGCCAUCCAGGAGCUGUUCAAGCGCAUCUCGGAGCAGUUUUCUGCCAUGUUCCGCCGGAAGGCCUUCCUGCACUGGUUUACAGGAGAGGGCAUGGAUGAGAUGGAGUUCACAGAAGCAGAGAGCAACAUGAAUGACCUGGUGUCAGAAUACCAGCAAUAUCAAGAAGCUACGGCCAAUGACGGUGAAGAAGCUUUUGAAGACGAUGAAGAGGAGAUCAAUGAAUAGAGGAGCCUCCCUAUCCCAGAUACCACAGUGCAGACAUUCUUUAACCCCAGUGC